AGAGAAAGGUAUUUACCCACUUGGUUACAGGGUAUAAAUAAUCUGUAGUGUGCAAUUAAGCCUUAUUGUUGUUAAUUGAAAGCUUCAACUCCUAAAAACAAUAAGACACAUAAGAAUCAUUGAAGGCUGACAAUGUGGACCAACACGUUGCUGAUUUUUGGUCUUGGCCUAAUUGGCAUUGGCUUCAGCUUAGAACCAAUUGUUAAUCGCACCAAUAGCAAUUUUUGGGUCUCAUUUGAGGAUGAUGCCAUCAAAUCAGUUUUGUUUUAUGCUGAACUCAAUCAAAAAUGCCCAGGAAAAUAUGUAUACGCUUUCAAUUCAACAUUAAGUCAUCCCUGGGCAAUGCAAGAUCAACUAAAUACCAAUUUGAAUGAGAAUAAUAUGCGUCUCUAUACAUUGGUGAAUGCAGCCAAUAAUACAUUAUUUAGCAAAACUUAUGAUAUAACCAUGAAGACCGAUAAUUCUGAUUCGAACAUUAUCAAAAGUAAUAAUCGUAGGAAAACAAUCGUUCGCUCGACGACAUGCACUAAACUAAGUCAACCGAUUAAAAAUCCAACUAAAAUUUGUAUACCAACCGAAACGAAAAUGUCCAAAAACAAUGAUAACAACCAAGGGCCAAAAUGCAGUGGUGAAUUGAUAUUCGAUGCAAAUUUUAUAAAUAACAUUGAUUAUAGUAUCUGGACACCACAUAAAUGUUUGCCAAACACCGAAGUAGUGGAAUAUAAAAAUGAUACAUCUGUUGCUUACAUUAAGAACAAUCGUUUGCAUUUGCGAAUUGAGAAACACGAUGAGGAAUAUGUAGAAGAACUAUUUCGAUGCACAUCAUCAGAACCUAGAAAAAUAAAAAAUUGGGGCAAUAAUUUUUCCCAUAAAUAUAUACGUAAAGGAUUUAAGGCAACCAAAUUGCAUACAAAUGAUACAUUUAGUUUUCAAAAUGGAAGAAUAGAAAUACGUGCCAGAAUGCCAAUCGGAGAUUUUAUAAUGCCAAUUAUCGAUCUAACAUCGAAAUACGAUGGAAAUGUGGCUAUUCGCUUGGCCUAUGCGCGAGGUAAUGAAAAGCUUAUUUCUACUGCGAAUACUGAUAUUGGCGGUAAAUGUCUCUAUGGUGGGAUUAAGUUUGAUGUAAAUGAAAAUGAGAAAACUGUGGAGAAAAGGUCACAACAACAUUAUGGUCAGGAAAUGCAUAACUAUACGGUAAUAUGGCAUUCGGAUCGUAUUAUCUACAAGCUAAAUGGCAAAACCUUUGGCACAAUAACAGAGAAACAUAUGUUGGCCAAGCUUCAAGAGCACAAGUUCUUCAUCAAUUUGGGAAUCACUUUUGGUGGUACAAACUAUUUUGUACAUCAGAACAUACAUAAGGAUACACAAAAUAGUGAAAAUUAUUUUGAUUUUAACGAUAGUACCAUAAACUUGGAAGUACAAGUAAGACCACCAGUUUGGAAGCAACAAGAGCUAAUUAUCGAGAGCCUAAAAGUUUAUUCCACUCAUGCCUUAGAGGAGUAACUUCAAUUGAAAUGAAGUAAGUAAGUCGUCUCGUCGACUUAGUCGACUACCAUACACCAG